AAAAUGCAGCAUUUGUUACAAAUAUUUAUUCUGUAUUUGUUUAUUUUAAAAAUAUUUGGAGAUAAUGUUGAUGAAAAUUUUCCACAAUAUCCAGAAACAAAACAAUUAUAUGAAACUUAUGAUUUUAUCAUUGUGGGUGGUGGUAGUGCUGGAUGUGCGUUGGCGAAUCGUUUAAGUGAAAUUGAAAAUUGGAAUGUGCUUUUAAUUGAAGCAGGUGGAGAAGAAAAUAAGAGAUUAAUGGAUAUUCCUGGAUUAGCACUUCAAAACCAACACACGUAUUUUGAUUGGUGCUAUAUGUCUGAACCUUUUGAAGAAGCUGGAUUAAGUUUAAUUAAUCAAUCGAUAUGUGUUCCCCGUGGAAAGGUGUUGGGAGGUACAAGUGUUUUAAACCACAUGGUAUAUCAUAGAGGCGCACCUGCGGAUUAUGAUCGUUGGGAAAAUGUUUUUGGAAAUCCAGGAUGGAGUUUUGAUAAUGUGGAGACGUAUUUUAAAAAGCUAGAGGAUGUUGCCAUUGAUAGUCCCAGCUUGCCUGAUUAUUUUGGAAAAAAUGGUCCAUUACAUGUGGAAUGCGCAGAAUAUCGUAGCAAAUUGUAUCCAGCAUACAUGGCGGCGGCGCAUGAGGCUGGUAUAAAAUCAGAACUUUUGCUUGGGCCAAAUCAAAUUGGCGUUGAAUGCGCAUGGAAGACCACAAAAAAUGGAUAUAGAUUUAGCUCUAACAGAGCAUAUUUGGUACCAAUUCGUCGAAGAAAUCUACAUUUAAAACUGAAUAGUCAAGUUACUAAAAUUUUAUUUAAGGGAAAUGUAGCUAUUGGUGUUGAAUUUGUGUGUGCCAAUCAAACUUAUACAAUUUACUCCAAAAAGGAAGUAAUUUUAUCAGCUGGUGCCAUAAAUUCCCCACAGCUUUUGAUGUUAUCUGGCAUUGGACCAAAGCAACAUUUAGCUGAACUCAAAAUACCGCUACUGAAAGAUUUGCCUGUUGGCCAGAAUUUAAUGGACCAUGUUGCUAUUUUGGGAUUACAAUUUGAAAUAAAUGAAUCCCCAAAUGUUGUAGAAGAUAAGGAUAUGCAACUGAAAGAAUUUUUAUAUAAUCAAACAGGUCCGCUGUCAUCAUAUCCAGCUGAAACAAUCGUUUUUUCACAUCUGUCAAAUGGAAUUCCACAGUAUGAAGAUGAUUUUGUUACCUCAACAUACGAGCAGCAAAAUCAUGAGCUUUACCACUUUAGUUCUGAAACUUGGGCCGAAGCAUUUCUACCAAAUAAUCAAAGUAAAGGUGCAUUUUAUAUAUAUCCAGUAUUGUUUAAGCCAAAGAGUCGUGGAAGCAUUCUUUUACGGGAUAAUAAUCCAUUUUCCCAUCCACGAAUAUUUCUUAAUUAUUUAACACAUCCAGAUGAUAUCUCAUAUUUAGUAAUGGGUAUUCGAGAAAUUCUUCGAAUAUCCGAACAGCCUUCUCUACAAGCAUUCGGCACCACUUUAUAUAAAAAUAAACUUCGAGCAUGUAAGCAAUACGAAUUUAAUUCGGAUGAUUAUUGGAUCUGUCAAAUACGUCACUUAUCAACAUCACUUUUUCAUCAAAGUGGCACAUGUAAAAUGGGCCCUAAGGAUAAUUUAGAUGCUGUAGUUGAUGCAGAAUUACGUGUACAUGGUAUAGAAGGGUUACGUGUUAUUGAUGCUAGUAUUAUGCCUGAAAUUCUUGCUGGGCAUAUUAAUGGUCCCGUUAUUAUGAUUGCAGAAAAAGGAGCUGAUAUUAUUAAACAAUUUUGGGCGAAUCGUAAAGUCGGGUAAUUUUUUAUGUGUUAUAUGUGAAUAUUUUGUUUUAUAGAUUUCAUUAAAAACAAUCAAACUCACAUAAGCUUA